UGGCCAUGAGCUGGGCUGUGGGAGUCCUGAGGCCCAGCCGGAGAGUGAGCGCUGUGAGAGCGAAUUUCCUGUCUCCGGGGAUGGCGCCGAGUCCCCGCCAGGCGGCGGGCAGCCCCCUCGGGAGGGCCGGGCCCAUCACCCCCGUGUCCAAGAUGGCGACCGUCAGGUCUGAGCUUCUGAAGAACUUGGCCUCGGAGGAGGCCGUUCACCGCAGUAAGGUCUCCAUUGUGGGAACCGGCGCGGUUGGCAUGGCCUGUGCUGUCAGCAUCCUGUUGAAGGGCCUGAGUGAUGAACUUGCCCUAGUGGACCUGGAUGAGGGCAGGCUGAGGGGGGAGACGAUGGAUCUUCUGCACGGCAGUCCUUUCCUGAAGAUGCCGCAUGUUGUGUCCAGCAAAGAUUACCUCGUCACUGCCAACUCCAGCCUCGUGAUUAUCACGGCAGGGGCGCGCCAGGAACCAGGAGAGUCGCGCCUUAAUUUAGUCCAGCGGAACGUGAGCAUCUUUAAGUUGAUAAUCUCCAACGUUAUCCAGUACAGCCCUCGCUGCAAGCUGAUUGUGGUUUCCAAUCCGGUGGAUAUCUUAAGUUACGUAGCCUGGAAGUUGAGUGCAUUUCCCCAAAGCCGUGUUAUUGGAAGUGGUUGUAACCUGGACACUGCCCGUUUCCGUUUCUUGAUUGGGCAGAGGCUCGGGAUCCACCCCGAAAGCUGCCAUGGGUGGAUCCUGGGAGAGCACGGAGACUCCAGUGUCCCUGUGUGGAGUGGAGUGAACAUCGCUGGGGUCUCUCUGAAGGAUCUGAACAGAGAUAUAGGCACUGACAAAGAUCCUGAGCAGUGGGAAAGUGUCCACAAGGACGUGAUUGCCAGCGCCUAUAAGAUCAUUAAAAUGAAAGGUUAUACUUCCUGGGCCAUUGGCCUCUCUGUAGCCGAUUUAUCCGAAAGUGUUUUGAAGGAUCUUAGGAGAGUGCAUCCAGUUUCCACCGUAAUUAAGGGUCUCUAUGGAAUAAAUGAAGAAGUGUUCCUCAGCGUUCCUUGUGUCCUGGGAGAGAGUGGCAUUACAGACCUUAUAAGGGUAAAGCUGACCCCUGAAGAAGAGGCUCGUCUGAAGAAGAGUGCGGAAACGCUGUGGGAGAUUCAGAAGGAGCUCCAGCUUUAA